AUGAGCAUGGAACCGCGAUCGAAAAACCCGUACUCGGUUGCGCGGGUAUUUGCGGACGUCAACGCCAAAAUGCCCCAGCAGUACUGGGACUACGAUAACCUCACGAUAACCUGGGGCAACAUUGACAACUACGAAAUCUACCGCAAAAUCGGCCGGGGCAAGUACUCGGAGGCAUUUCAGGGCGUUUGUGUGGUCAACAAGCAGCAGUGUGUCAUCAAGGUGUUGAAGCCCGUGAAAAAGAAGAAGAUUAAGCGAGAAAUCAAGAUUCUACAGAACGUGGCGGCUGGCCCUAACAUUGUGUCUCUUCUGGACGUGGUGCGUGAUCCAGUCAACAAAACUCCCUCUCUCAUCUUUGAGUACGUGGAGAAUGUCGACUUCCGACAGGUGUUCCCCAAGUUCAAGGACUACGACAUCCGAUACUACAUCUACCAGGUGCUGGUGGCCCUGGAGUACUCCCACUCCAAGGGAAUCAUGCACAGAGACGUUAAGCCCCAUAACAUCAUGUACGACCCUCGACGGGGCAAGGUGCGACUCAUCGACUGGGGUCUGGCCGAGUUCUAUCACUCGGGCACCUAUUAUAACGUCCGAGUGGCGUCUCGAUGCUACAAGGGCCCCGAGCUGCUAUACGACCUGCAACAGUACGACUAUUCGCUGGAUCUGUGGUCGCUGGGCUGCACUCUGGCCGGCAUCAUCUUCCGAAAGGACCCCUUUUUCCACGGCUCGUCCAACCAGAACCAGCUGGUGGAGAUUGCCAAGGUGCUGGGUACGUCGGACAUGUACAAGUGUCUGACCAAGUACGGCCUCAAGCUGCCCGACAUUUACAACGACAUUCUCGGCACAUACCCCCGACAGCCGUGGGAGAAGUUUGUCACCAGUGCCACCCAGGCCAUCGCUAACCCCACUGCCAUUGACUUUCUGGACAAGAUUCUGAGAUACGACCAUCAGGAGAGACUGACGGCCCGGGAGGCCAUGGACCACGAGUACUUUGACCCGGUCAGGGACGACUUGCGAAGUAUUAAUGCUCAGUAG